GUUUCUUUUCCUCCCUCCACCACUUCUUCCGAUAGAUUCCUUCUCUUUCCUUCUACUCAAUUAACCAAUCCUUUUUGCCCCAAAACCCGAAGAAGAGCCUUGAACUCAUUCACCUUGUUUUUUAGUACGGUACGUACGGUGCGGUGCAUACAGUGAGUGCAUGCGGUCGCUUCUCACUUGCUCACCACCACCACCAAAAUUAAUUUACUACCACCCUCACACAAUCCAUCCCACGCCUCACAUUCACUUUUUUUUAACACUGCCCCACCAAAAACACUAAUUAUCCAAUCAGGAAGCUCCGAACCACUUCGCUAAAAAUGUUAUUCGUGCCCCGCACUGCCUCUGGCUUGAAAAGCACUUCGCUGCCCCUCCUUCGCAAGACCUUCAUCAACAACUCUUUCAAAUCCAUCUCUUCAAGACAAUUUCACGCUUCCAAAUCCAACAUGGCUAUUAAAACGUACGUUCUAGCAUCAAAGACUCAUCAAAGUAACUACAUUGAAGCUAACGAAUCAUUAGUUUCUUCGAUGUUACCUGGGAAGGCCCAGUCCUUGACGCUUCCGGAAAGGCUACCUCCACCGUUCAAGGUAAGUGAUUCAAUCUUCAUUUCAUUAAUCCUUUCUGCAUCAAUUCUAUCAUAAUUUCAAUCAUUUUUCAUCAAAAUAUGACACGGUGUGUCUUUUUUGGGCCGAUUGAGCUUCUGUUAAGCUUCAAAAACACGUCUUUGUUUAUUUUGAUUGUCGUCAUCUCAGCCCCACCGUUCAACCCCUCUCUUAGUGUCUGCAGCUGACAACCUAUCCCCAUCGCAGAACAAUCUGGAAGAAUCAACUUCACCCUCUACGAUGAUGUAGUCCCAAAGACCGCAGAGAACUUCCGUGCUCUUUGCACUGGUGAGAAGGGUUUUGGAUACGAGGGUUCUGCCUUCCACCGCAUCAUCCCCCAAUUCAUGCUCCAAGGAGGUGACUUCACCCGUGGCAACGUACGUUACGAUAAUCGAUGCAAUUAAUAUACAAAACUCGAAACUAAAGACUAUAUAGGGUACCGGUGGAAAGUCAAUCUACGGUGAGAAGUUCGCCGAUGAGAACUUCGAGCGAAAGCACACCCGUCCAGGUCUCCUCUCCAUGGCCAACGCUGGACCAAACACGUAAGCCUAAAUCCCUUCUGCAAGAGUUCAUUUUACUUCAAUCGACUAACAACUAUAUAGCAACGGCUCCCAAUUUUUCAUCACCACCGUUGUCACCAGCUGGCUCGAUGGUAAGCACGUCGUCUUCGGUGAAGUCGACGAUGACUCCUUGAAGGUUGUCAAGGCUCUCGAGGCUACCGGAUCCGGCAGUGGAAAGGUUCAAUACAACAAAAAGCCAACCAUUGUCAAGUCUGGUGUGCUUUAAAUGCAUUUCCUAGCGAGGGUAUCGGUGGAAGGUGAUCUUUGAGCACGAAAUCGGUCGGCAAAUCUUCAGUAUGAUUAGCUAUCUGGCGGAGAAGUGACGAAAAGUAAUGCAAUGGAUUUACUAAAUUAUU